AUGACUAUGGAUACCGCGGGGCAGUCGAGUGCUUCACCCACCUACAGUGCCCGGCAAGGCGAACAGGGGGCCUCCUCCCGCGAGGAGCAGACAACGACCAGCCCCAUCACGCUUGGUUCCGAUCUCGUCCUAAUGACUGCGAAUCAGGAUAUCCGGAGCCAGAUAGAAAUUCUGCAGCGAACUAUCACCCUCGUGUUCUGGUACAAGCCCAAUACCGAGCCACUCCGUCUGCAACACCCCGUACCCACUUUCCCCUUGUUCCAGCUCUCCCGUUUCCCCUCGCUGACCACCGACCUCGGUCUCACGCCCACCACGUACCUUGACACUUACAAUCGCGACACAAGGCAGUGGGAUCAACAUACUAUCAGUACCGUACGUGUAAUUGAUGGACACCCGAGGCUUCUUUACCGGAUUCGGAAAACCCUUCUUGAAGCUCUCAACGACGACGAAUGUGUGGGAUUGAAGGAAGAAAUUGAGAACCAGUUGAAGCAACGAUCUGCAUCAGCGCUGAUACAAUCCCCCGCUACCGUGCAGUCGUCUCCCAUGUCGCCUACUUCUCCGACAAGCGACGAUAACUCGGAGGCUAAAGCGAAGGCCCGGAGCCCCACAUUGAAACGGGCAGCCCCUUCCAGCGCACCCGAGACCACAGGACCACCUACCAAAUUCAUCAAUACGGACGGCUUCCGUCAACAGCAACCAUAUCCUGCUUAUCUAUCCGCUCCCGCCCAGAAUGGCUCGACGGCUUCGAAGUCGAAGGCCCCCGCACAGGAACAAUCACCCCCUGCGAAUACUACCAACGCAGAUAGUCGCCCAACCACCGCUUAUCCCCCAGGGAACGAGCAAAGCCAGAGCCCCGCUAGUCCUACUAGCUCUCCACCCCAAUAUUAUAAUAAUAAUGUCAACCGACCUGGGUCCACACAGUAUCUCUACCAAUCUCCUGCCCAAUACAAUGCUCCAACGUCUCCUUCCGCCGUCCCACUUCCUUCGUAUCUGGUUCACCCACCUGCAGCGGCGCCGCUCAUCCCUUAUCACCCUCAUCCCCCGCUGAAGCGCUGGCCCAACGACUACACCGUCUCGGAGCUCUCGAGCGGGUUCCAAGCCAUGGAGGCCUUGGUUCACCAAACCCCCAACGGUGGCGCGGCGAUGACCCAGCGCAUGGCGUUCGAACGCGUCUUCGGGAGCCGGUACGUCAAGAGCACGGUGUGCAGGCAUCGUGGUGUGUGGCGCAAAGCCCCGCAAUCCCUCCGCGACGAGUUUGAGGCGAUGGGCGAGGACGAGCGUGCGUGCUGGGGCGAAUUCGUCAGGCGCGUCGAGGGUAGGCCACCUGGACGCAUCAAUGGACCAACGCUCAUACCGGUCCAUGAACUGCCCUAUCAAAUGGGUUCCCAGCAAACUGUCAAUGGGUCGAGUCCACCCGGACAGGCAUCAGGCCAUCCACCCGCAGCCAGCAGUCCAGCGAGCAAUAUCCCCAACGGCGCGAAUCGCCAUCAGCCGGAAGAGGAAGAGGAUGAUGAUUCUGAUGAAGGCUCGAGUGGCCAGGAACCACCCAUCAUGAACUCGCUGCAGUUUGCAGUUGAUCACAAUAGCACUUCGACUCAUACCCCGACCACGGUCUUACCCGCUCAGAAUACCAUCACCGUAGCAGGGAAAUAA